CUUGGCAACCCCCUGGCAUCGUCACCCCCCCGCCCCCCCGCCGAGGUUUGGAUGCCAGCCAGCGGGGAGGGCUCAGGCAGCAUCAGAAAGACGGAGGUGGCGCAAAGGGGAAGCGUGGAGCCGUGGGGCUGGCAGGGCCAUGAAGCAGCGGGACAGGAGCCCCUAUCGGAACAAGCCGUGGAAGAAACUCAAGAGCAUGGUCCACUGGUCGCCUUUCGUCGUGUCCUUCAAGAAGCGCUACCCCUGGGUGCAGCUGGCCGGCCAUGCGGGGAAUUUCAAAGCCGGCGACUACGGGCGGAUCCUGAAGAAGUUCUGCCCGUGUGAGCAGCAAAGCCUGGAGCGCCUCAUGGGGGACUCGCUGCGCCCCCACGUGCCCGCCUACUUCGGGCUGGCGCAGCGGGACGGCGAGUGCUACAACCAGAUGGAGGAUCUGCUGGCCAACUUCGAGACGCCCUCCCUCAUGGACUGCAAGAUGGGGGUCAGGACGUACCUGGAGGAGGAGUUGGAGCAGGCCCGGCAGCGGCCCCGGCUGCGCCGCGACAUGUACGAGAAGAUGGUGGCGGUGGAGCCGGGGGCGCCCACGCCCGAGGAGCACGCCCAGCGCGCCGUGCUCAAGCCCCGUUACAUGCAGUGGAGGGAGUCGCUCAGCUCCACCUCCACGCUGGGCUUCCGCAUCGAGGGCAUCAAGAAAGCCGACGGCACCUGCAGCACCAACUUCAAGAAGACGCGGCUGCCCGAGCAGGUGGUGCAGGCGCUGGGCGACUUUGUGGACGGCGACAGAACCAUCCUGGCCACCUACCUGGGCCGCUUGGAGGAGCUGCGGGCAGCGCUGGAGCAGUCCGAGGUCUUCAAGACCCACGAGGUGGUGGGGAGCUCUUUGCUUUUCGUCCAUGACCGGACGGGGCUGGCCAAGGUCUGGAUGAUCGACUUCGGAAAGAUGGUGCCGCUGGCCGGGGGGCAGACGCUGACGCACCGGCUGCCGUGGGUGGAGGGGAACCGAGAGGACGGCUACCUCUGGGGGCUGGACAAUCUCAUCGCCAUCUUCAGCACCAUGGUGCAGAACUGAGCCGGGCACCGGCAGGGCCUGGGCCGGCGCACUGGGGACACCCGGCACCGGCUCUGUGCAAUAGACAGGCACUGCCGUGCGGUGCCCUCCCUGCCUCUUAUUUAUACAGCCAGAUAUGCUACAGCCCCGCUCGGAGCUGGGGCCCGUCGCGCCCCGUCUGCCUGUGCCCGCUUCCACCGGCUGACGGCCCCGCGCUGGGGAGGACACCUGCAGGGCCUGGCCCGUCGCACAGAUGCGAUGGGACCUGUUUUACAGCAGCCAGCGGGAAGGGCCGAGACCUGGUCCCGUCUCGGAGCGGAGCCCUUUCCCGCUCAGUGGCUCGUUCCGCGGCCCAGGGAACCCUGGGAAGGCCGAGGCUGAGACGGGAGACACCAGCCUUUCGGCGGGCACAGGGGCAGUGAUCCUGCACUCCGGGCGACGCUGGCCGAAGCGGAACCGAACCAAAGGAGGCUUGGAUCCUCUGGGCCCCUCUCCUGUUCACGGCCCAUUUUCCUGCAGCCCUGCUUAAUUUCGCAGGUGGGUCCGGUUCCCGCCCCUGCUGGUAUUAGACCCUGCCCCACCACUGGGCGGCUCCACGGGACCUGAUCUGCAGGGAGCUGCCCAUUAAUGUUGUGUUAAAUUCAAGACACUUUAAAAGACUUUUUGGCAACUCGGGGGUUGAAGCAUAGUGACUGGGCUCUGAGACGACCCCAGGUGGCAGGGCGUCCCCCAGCUGCGGCUGCGGCGUUCUCACCCCUUCCCCUGAAGCAUUUGUGGCCCUGCUGGAGGGUCGGAACUGGCUGGCCAUUUCCACCCCCGGCGCUCUGCUCUUACCGGCCCGUCCGUUUGGCUGUGCAAAGGAGCCUCGCGCUGGCCCCUCUGGCCUGGGAACAGGCCGGCUGGGAACUGAGAACGCGGACUUACUGCCAAGCUUGCGCCACGCCCACGGGGAGCUCAGGGGGCCUGUGGCUGAGUCUGGCCUAGCCCGGGGCGGUUUUCCUGGAGGCUGGAGAGUUGUGUGGCUCUGUGCUGAGGUGAGCCUGGCUGGAAAGCUCAGUCCGGCUUUACAGGGAUCUCGGCCGUUUGAGAACCAGCUGGGACGCUGCCUCCUCUGCCAGCUUUGUGUGGUUCUCUUAGCCCAGCCUUGGGCUUGCCACGGGCUCUUGCCCUUCGUGCAGGGUGCUGGCACGGCCAGCCGCGGGCCAGCUCUCCGCCAGGCUCCCGGCUCGGCUCGCACAUCUGCAGAGGCGGAUGCACAAGGGCCCGAGUGAGGCACCUGGUUUCCUCUGGCUCUGCCGCUCCCUCGGUGCCUCGUUUCCCGUGUGCUCACCGCACGUCUGCGUGAGCAUCUCACGGGCAGAGCCAACCCCCUGAAACACGGAGGGGGCCAGGGAGUCGCCUCCACCUGCACCAGCUUCAAGCCUGGCCAGUCUGGGGAGCGUUUUCCAAGGCCCCAGCGACGAGUGGAUUCGGGAGCCCGGGCUUCACGAGGCCCGACCCUACUGGAAGAGACGAUCUGUCUCUGGCUUCUGUGCCAAGGGCACGGCCAGUAGCUGCCUGAGCCGUGGCCGCUGUGCAGGGAGCUGCUCAGACCUCCAGCCCCUGCCGGUGGCGGGGAAGCGUCACUGGGUUCAGCUCUGGCUGUGAGCACGGAUUCACUGCACCCUGGAGCUAAUGGGGGCAGGUGGGCGCGGUUCAUGGGACCGUCCUGCUCCCCGCUGGCUCGGGCUCAGGAGCGCAGCGUGUAGCCAGCUGGGCAUUCGCUCCAGUCCCUUGAGUGCUGCCCAGUAACCAGCAGGAACGGGCCCCUCAGGAUCCCUCCCAGAGCGUUGUCCCUGGCCCAGGCCUCUGCGUGGGGCUCUGCCACCCCUCUGGAGAUGGGAACGGGGUGCUGGGGCCAAGGGACAAUGGCCAGGCCUCUGGGACCGGAACCUGUCACAAUAAACAGAACCUGCCGGUGGUGGAAACCAAA